AUAGCGACCCGCUACAGCUGCAUUUUCUGCAGAGUCUCAACCAUAAAGAAGGGAGACAAGAGGAAGAGGACGAAGGCGAAGCUCAUCCACCUAUCCCAUCCCUUCUAGUAACCCUGACGACCCCCCCCAAUAAAGCUAUUGAAUUAGCAGCACCUCUCCCCGUCCCCUCUGCCAGAUGGAUUUGGGGGAUCCUUACGACGACGAUAGCGGUUCCCAGGUUGGCUCUGUACGGCCUCGCGUUCUUCCCCCGGACCUUCCCAGAUCUCUCAACGAUCGGCGGAGGACUCCGCCUCUCACCACCGAAACCGAAGUUUAUGACGCCUGGCAAGGUAUGGUGACUGGCCAGCUCAUCUCUUGAUGUCUUUGAUAUAAUGGUUUCAUCAUCCGCUUCUACUGCUGCCGCGGUGGUGCCUUGACCCCGCAGACGGCACCUCUUCAUCAUUUCCUCUUCACCUGGCCCCUGAUUCGGUUCCCCCCCUUUCAGAAGCCGGUGUUCAUGUUCAAAUUCAAUUUGCCAAGGCUGAGGAAGCUGACUGUGGCCCAAUGCCUGAUUUAUUGUCAAUAGGUGAAGCUCAAUUUAUAACCGCACCCGUCCCCGCCCGGUUAAAUUUCAAUCUCGAACCGGAUUACCGUGAUGGCGACGACGAUGAAGAGUUGGUGAAGGGCAUCGUGGACAGUGACAGUAGACUUGUUUCUAUGUUGGCAGCUCAGGAAGCGUUCCGGAUGGGUGGGUCGGGCCUGGGGGACGAGGGCGAUAUCGCCCGUGAUCCAAAUCUUUCAGAGGAGGAGAAGAGGGAAUCGCUACAGAGAGCGCUCAACAUGGCUGCCAGUAACGGGGAUGAGGCUCGGAUACGGAGGAUAUUGGAAGGUGAAGGGAAGGGUUAUGUAGAUGUUAAUGCCCCGGAUGAGGAGGGGACAAGCCCCUUGAUAUAUGCAAGCUGCUUCGUGAGUUUCGUGUCUUGCCUCCCUCUCGUGCGAAGGGGCAUUAGGGCUGAAACCUUGUUGGAAUAGGGACAUGAGGACGUUGUUUCCGCUCUCUUGGAUGCGGGAGCCAAUGUUGAUCAACAGGAUAGGCACCGGUGGAGCGCGUUGAUGUGGGCUAUGACGAACCGGCAUAAAGGGAUAGCAAAGCUCUUGUUGGAUCAUGGAGCGUCACCAGAGAUUCGGAGCUCUUCGGGUAGAAGAGCAUUUGACUUUGUGUCACCUAACAGUGAGAUAUCUGCCUAUCUGCAUCGGAGUGGGUACAUUGGUACGGCGGGGGUUAGUGAUGACUUUUACGACAAUGGCUUGGCUCAGGAGAGGUUUGAGGAGGAAAUGGCGGAGAAUGAGAUGAAGCGAAGGAUGAUGAUGGAGAGUGCGAUUAAUUUGGAAGUGGACCUUGCGAGCCUGGGGCUUGACGAGCGGCCGGAGGUAAGAUCAGGGAUUAUCCCUGGGGGAUUUGGACCGUUCAGUGGAUGUGGACUAACCUACGGACAGUCACCUGGAGAUGAGGAGGGCGAUGAGCUCCAAGAUUUUGUGUGGGAUAAGUGUCUGAACGAUCAGAUGUUUGUCUUCCAAGAACACGAUUUAAACCGGAUGCUGGAUGUUGUCAUAACCAAUAUGUUACCACAGCGGUCACCGAGCCAGAAACCUGUUCCCGCAAAUGUGCUAUUUCUUAGCGCUCGGUAUGCGCAUUAUCAUAGUUCUCCUGAGCUCUUGUCCCGGCUUCUCUUGUCUGCAAUGGAUAAGAUUAAUAAUGUGGUAGCUAUGCAUCAAUUGGAUAUGACCAUUCUUGCGUUUUGGAUUUCUAAUGCAAACCUUUUACUUCACUAUCUGAAGAAGGAUGCUGGCCUGGUGGGCGCCACGAUUGAGUUCCAGCAGCACCUCUCAGAGUUGAUAAACGAGAUAUUUAUACUCAUAUUGCGGGAUGCUGAGAGACGGAUGGAUAGGGUGAUGGACCAGGCGAUGCUAGAUCAUGAGACCAUCCCGGGAUUUGAGGAUGUGCAUUUCCAGAACGAAUGGCGGCUGUUCAAGCCCAAGCGGAAAUCACCCGAACCUUCAAUGCUUGAGAAGCGGUACCGGCCGCCAUCUCCAAAGCAGCGGGCAAAGCCCGCUCCCCGCAAUAUCACCUCUCUGCUCUCCUCUACACUAUUUGUUCUGGAUCUGUAUGACAUCCACUCAGUGAUCAUUUCACAAGUGAUGAGCCAACUAUUCUACUGGAUCGGUGCGGAGCUCUUCAAUCGCAUCAUUAACAAUCGGAAAUACCUCGCCCGGACAAAAGCCAUGCAAAUCCGCCUUAAUGUUUCAACGCUGGAAGACUGGGCACGAGCAAAUAACCGCCAACCGGAGCACUAUGAGAGCGGGGCGCUGACAACUAGCGGUGAGAACGUGGCUGACGCAGCGAGGCGUCACUUAGUACCUGUCAUCCAACUCCUGCAGUGGCUCCAAUGCUUUAGUUCCCUGGGCGAGGACUUUGACGCCUUAAGGUCAACAAUCGGCCAACUCACGCACUUAAACCCCGAACAACUCCUGCACUCGGCGAAGGAUUACAGACCAGAGGUUGGCGAGAACGGACUUUCCAGAGAGGCAAUGAAGCAUCUAGUCGGCCUUAAGAUGAGGAAUUACGACAAGAGCCACAAUCGGGCCAAAUCCCUUUCCGCCACACCCAAGAAGGGGAACUCGGCGAAUAGUACCCCCAUAUCCCCAGUCGCCGGCAACAACACACUCAGCCAAAGCCAACUCCCAUCAUCCCCGCAGAACAGCAAUCCUACCAUAGUGAUAAAUGAAGACGAAGAGGACUCUCCGAAGGAGAACUUACAGCUAGACUCGGGACUAAUGCUGCCAUUCUCGUUACCGACGAACACGGAUAUGCUGAUAUCCUAUGGUGCCGGGUUAGGCGGGAUGAAUCGUGAGAGGGAAAAAAGGUACCAGCCUUCGGUACCGCCAGAGUACCUUGCAAAACUGGACUUUUCGAAUGGGUCGACGAGGAAUGGCGGAGGCGGAGGAGGAGGGAGUGGGGCAUCGGGAUGGGAGGAUGAGGAUUGA